AUGCUUUUAACAACGUCUGCAACAGCCUUCAACCCAUCGAAACAACAGUGGACGUCAAUUUCCAUCAUGUUCGAUUCAGGGGCCGAUUUUUCUUCGAUCAGCUCACAGUUGGUAGAAGAAUGGGGCUUGACGGUAACAGGAAAGCAAACAUUGAUGCUCCAAACAUUUGGAACUCCUGAACUCAGGAAGACAACACUGAAAGAAUCAGAAAUCAUUCUUCGAACGGUGGAAGGCAAAGAACUCACAGUACCUACUCUACAAUCAGAAAUCCUAGUGGGUACAGUCCCGAAAGCCGACCUAUCUGGGGAAGACAAGAAGUUCAUAUCAGAUAGGAAACUACACAUGAGCGGAGAUUGGUGGUAUUCAGAAGUGACACCAGACGUCAUAAUUGGAGCAGACUUCAUGUUUGACAUGAUCGACUCAACGCAACCUCAGCACAAACUCCCAUCAGGGACGAUCCUGAUACCAACCGUUUUCGGUUAUUCAGGAACAGGUCGCAGCACAGCUCCAACCGAUAGAAUUUUCGCAAACGGUAUAAUUUCCAAAGAAUCAAGUGACCCCUGGAACGAUUUCUGGGACCUCGAAAACGCAGGAAUCGAAGACCAUGCCCACGGCUCACUCAAUUCAGAAACAGAAAGGAUCAACCAGAAAGUUCUGAAAGAAUUCAAAGAAACCGUUCAGCGAAGGGAAGACGGAUACUACGUGAAGUUCCCGUGGAAAUCAGAUGAAACUCCACUCCCGACACACUACGCGAUUGCAGAAAAACGCCUACAAAGCGUUAUCAAUCAGCAACCAUUGGAAGUCUUGAAACAGAUAGACGACAUUUUCCAAGAUCAACUCGAAAAAGGAAUAAUCGAGGAGGUCGACACCCAAAAGAAGACUUCAGAUAGGAUUCAUUAUAAUCCUCACCAGCCGGUCUUGACACCUGGGAAAGAAACGACGAAGUGCAGAGUGGUCUAUGACGCAAGUUGCCAUUUUAAAAAUGGACCGUCAAUGAAGUGGCGAUGGCAGCUUGUACUUAUGUUGUGCAAAAAGGAAAGAGCAAUCUUCUAA